AUGACAAAAUCAACGCCAUUCAUAAUAGAAGACGGUAUUUCUGUUUCUGACUCGCUUAUGCCGUCCCUGGUAGUAAUUUCUGGUGGAACUGCUUGCAACUUAAUAGUUAAUACCCUGCAAGAUAUUACCACAGACGUGAGUUAUGUACUUGGCUUGAGCGAUAAUGGUGGCUCAACUAGCGAAAUUUUACGUGUUCUGGGCGGACCAGGGAUCGGAGAUAUUAGAAGUAGAUUAGUUAGAUUAAUUAAAGUCAAGAAAGGGGAUUACCAAAAAGCGGCUAUAAAAAAUUUGCUUAGUUAUCGGUUGCCUGUUGAGGGAAAUGAGAUAGACAUAAGAAAUGAGUGGCUAGAAGUGGUUGAAGGGACUCAUAGUCUUUGGCGAAAUAUCCCUUCAGAAAUAAAAGGAACUCUACGUGGAUUCUUGGUACAUUUUCAAGCUGAACUUCUAAGGAGAGCACAUAAGAAAUUCGACUUUCGCAAUGGUACAAUAACGGGAAUCAGUGAAUCGACAAGAGUGAUCCCAAUAAUUAAUACAAAUAAUAGUGUGGCUAUCGCAGCGGAACUUGAUAAUGGAACUAUAAUAACAGGUCAAUGUGAAAUUUCACAUCCAUCUCAAGAACCACACAAUUCGCCUCCGAUUGCUGAUAAUGCAUAUGAAAAUUUCAUGUGGCAAGAUUCACCCACCGAAACUUUUAAUUCUAUGAAAAUUGUUUCGCGAAGUAAUCUUAUUUUCGACAAAUCAAAAGUAGUCACAUUGAAUCGUCGAAUUCAUCGAAUUUAUUACAUUAACGAAUAUGGACAGGAGAUAUUUCCUUCCGUAAAUUCAAAAGUACUUAAAACUCUUUCAAUGAAAUUAGCGCUCAUUUAUUCUAUCGGCUCUUUAUAUACGUCUAUUAUGCCUUGCCUUAUCCUUCGUGGAGUUGGUAAAGCAAUAGCUGAGUCUACCACAUUAAAACACAAAAUUCUGAUUCUCAAUGGCUCAAAUGAUCGCGAAACUGAUCAAUUCACAGCUUUAGAUUUUAUAACAACUAUUGUAGAUGGAUGUAAUUCUUCGUUGAGAUUUGAUGGAUUUUGGCCUAAAGAAUAUCCUGCAAAGAAAUACAUAACACAUUUGAUUUACUUGGACAAUUCAUUUAUAAAAGUUAACGUACUAGAAAUUGAAAACUUAGGAAUAGAAUGUAUAAGAGUAGAAGGUACAUUUCAAGAUGGGCAACCUGUAUUUACCGAGAAAUCUCUUGAUUAUGUUUUAAAUAACAUUAUAAGAUAG